AUGGACUCUCGGGAGUGCCGCUUGCGGCGCGCCGGGGUGGUCGGGGCCCAUGAAUGGCCUGAAUUUCUCGGUCUGCGUGAUCGUUCCGAGGAUAGCUGUCAAGUGCUGGAGGAAAGGCUCGAGGUGGAAGAUGCUGUCAGCGAGUUGCAGAAUCUGGGCUUGCACGUCAUUUUAGUGAAUGGCCACGACCAGGAGGGCGCGUCCAGUGCCUCCACGUUGCGCAGAUACCCGCGCAUGCUGGAUGGCUGUGAGGUGAUGCGAGUUGCCUUUCGGAACAACUGCUCCUAUGCUAUCCCAAAGCACUUGGACGAACUGCCCUACACGCUGGCACCGCGGCAUAGGCGAUGGGUGGAGCAGCACCGGGACUUUUGUGAAGUGCGUUUCAGCGGAGAGACUGGCAGCUUCAAAGCCAGGUUUCCAAAUGCCAUGAAGGAGCAGUGGAAAUCACCCCUGCCCAGUCAGAUUCCGGAACAGCCACAGCUCUUCAAGGAGCCAUUGGACUGGGAGUCGGGUGAUGCCAUCAUCUUAACUGUGUCUAGAGGUCGCCGUAGAGAACAUUUGCUUUGCAUCAGCGAAUGUUCGAACUCUUUGUUGCAAGGUGCCGCGCAGUAUGCUGGGUACAUCCUGUGUACCCAAGGCGGUGAUUCCUGGAAAGAAAGCGAUGAUGACUUGUACAUCAGCAAAGCCCUCUUGUCUGUAGGUGAUUUCUGGGCGACAGAUCGUUUCAUGCUGCUGACCGCAGUGUGUGGGCCCCACGCUGGGACCCGAAGUCUGGGUGUCGGCUCCAACAUCAAGAAGCGGCGCCGUGCAGCAACCCUGGCACUGGCUGCGACAGCCUUUGCGCAGUGGGGGAGCGAGGAACCAUUGCCCCAAAGCGAUGGAGAGUUUGAGGCCUUAGCCUUGGCGUUGCGCAGCGCAGUGGCGAAUCAAAAAGUUGCGCAGUGGGCCCGGGGUUGCCAUGGUCAAGGUUCAGCGGGGUAUCUUGGAACUCCAGUGCCAGUGUCUGACCUCUUCCAACGAGCAGAGGCCGAAAGUCGUGUGGUGAACUCCGCCUUGUCUUCCUGGCUGGUGAGCGUGGCGUGUGCCCUGAUUGCGCUUGGUAUCUUCACACAAAGUCUGUGGCUGUCAGGUAUCGCGUGCUUUGCAAUGCUCUCAACGGCGGCAUGUAGCCUGUUUUUCAUCACCAGCGUUUUCCACUGGAGCUUUGGCUUGAUGGAGGCGGUGUCAUUGAUCAUUUUCUGUGGCUUCUCAGUGGACUAUCCACUGCAUGUCGUCCAAGCCUAUGUCCACGAGCGCCAAAGAGAUUCGACGCGGGACACCUAUGACGUGCAGCCCAUGGAAGAUCGGCCACACACACGGAGUCGAACCGCGACGGGCGACGCCUACGCCUUGCACGAGUCCGUUCCACCGGAUCGCUGGUGCGUCACCUGGAAGAACUUGGAGUACUUGCGGAAGGAGGUGAAAGACGCGCUGUUGAAGGAGGAAAUCCAUCCGAAUGACCGCGAUCCAUUUCAGAGAUACGACCGUAUCUAUGGGCCCAGCAUCUAUACGGUGACGGAGCAGCACAUCAAACCGGUGACCCGCGACGCUGGGAAAAUGAGUUGGGCCUUGAUGCUGAACCCCAGAGGUUUGGAUUGCGAUCUCUUCAUCAGCCAUGCUUGGGCAGAAGGAAUCUUUGAGUUUCUGAGGAAAGUGAGGCAUUCCUGGCCCCGUGGUGCACGCCAUGCAUGGUGCUGCAUGUUGGCAAACCCACAGAAUCUCAACAUAGGAGCCUUGCUACAGUCUCCCAGCAGUUCGCCAUUUGCGCUGGCACUGCAUUCUGCAAAUGUAGUUCUGGUGGUCCCCAACCGUCAUUGCAGCAUAUACACGAGGCUUUGGUGUGCCUAUGAAGGCUAUCUUGCUCAAGAAGCUGGGAAACCCAUUCUGGUUGCCAGGACAUCAUCUCUGCCACGCUUUAUGUCUUCAAUGAAGUACUUGUGCGCUUCUGCAGCCUUCGGAUGUCUUCUGGGGAUGCUGGUCCGCGCGUGGGGCCUGCGAUUGGACAGAUACCUCUGGCUGGUGAGUGUGGCUGCAAUGUUGGGAACUACUAUUACAGACAACAAGAGCCGUAUUGUGAUGCAUUGCUUUUGUGAAAUGAUUUGCUUCAUAGAACUCGUCGACACUGCCGGCUUCCCAACUGGUGAAGUAUGGGGCUUCCCCGACGAGAUGCACUCACUGGUUCAUAUUUGGUUUUGGCUGAUGGCUGGUGCAUUCUUCUGCUUGCAGGAGGUGGACCGUAUCGAAGGAGGGAUCAACAUCAAAGAGGCUCAACAACUGCGUGCCGGCUACCAAGGCUCCAUCCAGUAUGCGGAAUGCUCGGAGUCUUCCGAUGCCGAGAAGAUACUGUCAGAGAUUGGUCCGGACUGUGCUGUGGUGGACUUUGCCAUUCAAGUGCUGUUGACUGCUGGGAUGUCCACCACGGCAUUACGCGACAUUGCUCGAGCUGGUGUUGAUAUUCACAAUGCAGCAUAUUCAGAGAUCACUGCAGCAGUGACCAUCCUGGGUCCCUUCGACUUGCUGACCUUCUCACAUUUGAUUUUCGAACUUUGCUAUGAAAGUGGUGAGUUGAUCGUGAGUGUCCUCCAGUUUCUAUCUAUUUUCUUCCGAAUCAUCAUCAUGAUAGUCCUGUGCCGCAGCGAAAUCGACGACAUAUACUUCGUUUUAAAGGUCCUGACCAAAGCAGUAGGGUUGCUUCUGAUGCUGCUGUUGCUGGUAUGUUUCAUUGCCAUCUCCACGAAGCGCUCACCACUGUUGGCCUGGUUAAUUCUAUUGGAUCUGGUCCUGGGCUUUGCGGUGAUUCUCUGCAUCCUUGGCAUCAAAAACACGGCCCAGAUGCCUUUUGGGCUGCGGAUCUUACAGGUUUUCUUCGCGCGAGGCACUACCGUCUUUUCAGCCUGUAAGAAAGCAGAUCAAGCAGCGACCCUGGAGGAUAGCAACAUGGCCAACGAAAUGGGAACGUCCUAUCAAUUUGGGAUCAGCCCAUUGCGUGCCAAGGUUCAGGAUGCCAUCGGCGAGGUUGGCAGCGCUGUGGCCUCUGGUUGCGUGACGACAUGUGGUGCUGCAGUGUUUCUACUGUUCUGCCAGAUCCGCAUUUUCACUCGAUUCGGACAGGUACUGGUGGUGAACAUGGUGUGUUCCUUGGUGUUUGCCUUGCUGUGGAUCCCAGCUGUCCUUGAGCUGAGCAACCAUGGGCUCGACCUGCGGCAAAAACGAGCUCCGCGCGGUGUUGACUCCGAUGAAGGCUAUGCCAUGGGCCUACUGGGCGAAGGUCGACAAACACCAGGAGCUGUCAUUCGGGCACCGGAACGCUUGAUGCUGGAGGUGGAUGAGUCCGAAGGCUUCGCUGCCCUGCGAGGCUGA